AUGCGUGGCAUUCCACAAACCGAGAAAAUUUUCAUACGGGGUGAUUUUAAUGGUCAAGUUAGAGAGACUGUUAUCGGUUAUAACAAGGUGCCUGGCGGGUUAGGAACGAGGGCGGCUCUUGAUAAUAGACUUGGAGGUCAAGAGAGCAAGGAAGAAGAGAGUGGUGUACGCCAACCUAAGAUCAAGUGGGGAUCCUUGACUAAGGAAAAGGCUCAGGAGUUGGGGGAAAAGCUGUUAGCUAUGGGGGCCUGGAGGAGUACUUGGAAUGCGAGUAGUAUGUGGACCACGACAUCGGGCUGCAUUAGGAAAGCUUGCAAGUUCAGUGAUGGGAGGCAUGAAGCAGAAGUGAAAGUGAAGAUUGAUACUCAAGUCAUUCCCAAAGGAGAUAGUUUCAAGUAUCUUGGGUCUAUAAUCCAAGGCAACAAAGAGAUUGUCGAAGAUGUUACUCAUCGCAUUGGAGCGGAGUGGAUGAAAAGGAGGCUAGCUUCGGGGGUCCUGUGCGAUAAGAAUGCGCCCCCUAGACUUAUGGGCAAGUUCUACAGAGUAGUGGUUAGAUCGACGAUAUUGUAUGAAUCUGAGUGUUGGCCCGUCAAGAAGUCUCGUGUCUGGAAGAUGAAAGUAGCUGAAAUGAUGAUGUUGAGAUGGAUGUGCAGACAAAUCAGGAACGACAAGAUUAGGAAUGAAGUUAUUUGGGACAAAGUGUGA